UACGGAGACAUUAACACGCGAACCGGAAGUGACGCAAAACUAACUAGCAACCCGCCUAGGCAUCACAAUGAAAUAUUUGUUAUUUGUUUAUUACUGUUAUUUGUGAAUACGUUGGAUUUUUUGGAGUGAACAUGGCAGCUAAACGUAAAAGUGACGUGAACGUCCCUGCGGAGGAAAGCGACCAGCUGCUCAUCCGUCCGCUAGGAGCAGGUCAGGAAGUGGGCCGGUCCUGCAUCAUUCUGGAGUUCAAGGGCAGAAAAAUCAUGCUGGACUGUGGGAUCCACCCUGGUCUGGAGGGCAUGGACGCCCUGCCUUACAUCGACCUGAUUGAUCCAGCGGAGAUCGACCUACUGCUCAUCAGCCACUUCCACCUGGAUCACUGUGGUGCUCUUCCCUGGUUCCUGCAGAAGACCAGUUUCAAAGGACGUACAUUCAUGACUCACGCCACCAAGGCCAUCUACCGCUGGCUGCUGUCGGACUAUGUCAAAGUCAGCAACAUUUCUGCAGACGACAUGUUGUACACUGAGACAGACUUGGAAGAGAGCAUGGAAAAAAUCGAAACUAUCAACUUUCAUGAGGUAAAGGAAGUGGCCGGCAUCAAGUUCUGGUGUUACCACGCUGGACAUGUGCUCGGAGCCGCCAUGUUCAUGAUCGAGAUAGCUGGCGUCAAGCUGCUGUACACGGGGGAUUUCUCCCGACAGGAGGACAGACAUCUGAUGGCAGCAGAGAUUCCCAGUGUCAAACCAGACAUCCUCAUCACCGAGUCCACAUACGGGACUCACAUCCACGAGAAGAGGGAGGAGCGCGAGGCUCGGUUCUGUAACACCGUCCACGACAUCGUGAACCGGGAGGGACGCUGUCUGAUCCCCGUCUUUGCUCUGGGACGAGCCCAGGAGCUGCUGCUCAUCCUCGAUGAGUACUGGCAAAACCACCCAGAGCUCCAUGACAUUCCCAUCUACUACGCCUCAUCACUGGCCAGGAAGUGCAUGGCCGUCUACCAAACCUACAUCAACGCCAUGAACGACAAAAUCCGAAAAGCCAUAAACAUCAACAACCCCUUUGUCUUCAAGCACAUCAGCAACCUGAAGAGCAUGGAUCACUUUGACGACAUCGGCCCUAGCGUGGUGAUGGCGUCUCCUGGUAUGAUGCAGAGCGGCUUGUCCAGAGAACUGUUUGAGAGCUGGUGCACCGACAAGAGAAAUGGCGUCAUCAUCGCUGGAUACUGUGUGGAGGGAACGCUGGCCAAGCACAUCAUGACGGAGCCCGAUGAGAUCACCACCAUGUCGGGUCAGAAGCUUCCUCUGAAGAUGUCAGUGGACUACAUCUCAUUUUCUGCUCACACAGACUAUCAGCAGACCAGCGAGUUCAUCCGAGCCCUCAAACCUCCACACGUGAUCCUGGUCCACGGGGAGCAGAAUGAGAUGGCCCGUCUGAAGGCAGCUCUGAUCCGAGAGUACGAAGAUAACGAUGAUGUUCACAUUGAGGUCCACAACCCUCGAAACACAGAGGCCGUCACGCUCAACUUCAGAGGAGAGAAACUGGCAAAGGUCAUGGGCUUGCUGGCUGACAGGAAAUGUGCCCAGGGUCAAAGGGUCUCUGGGAUCCUGGUCAAACGAAACUUCAACUACCACAUCCUGACUCCCUCCGACCUCUCCAACUACACGGAUCUGUCCAUGAGCACAGUGACGCAGACUCAGGCCGUCCCGUUCACCGGGCCCAUCUCCCUGCUGGUUAGCCAGCUGCGGAACCUCGCUGGAGAUGUGGAGCAGGUGGAUGGAGCAGAGAAAAUCACCAUCAAGGUCUUUAAGAACAUCACUGUGGUGCACGAAGCCGGGAUGGUUCUGCUGGAGUGGAUCGCCAACCCUCUCAAUGACAUGUAUGCUGAUGCCAUCACCACGGUGGUUCUGGAGGUCCAGUCCAACCCUAACGCCCAAAAGUUUCUGGAAGGCAAGAGGGAAACCUUUGACGAGGACAUGUUCGUGGAGAGGCUGGCGCUCAUGCUGCACGACAUGUUCGGGGACGACUGUGUGAACUACAAAGACAAUAAAAACCUAAGUGUGACGGUGGACGGAGUCACGGCGUUCAUCAACCCAGGAGCCAGAUCCGUCACCUGUACAGAGGACGAGUCCCUGAGGGAUAUGGUGGAAGUCGCCAUCCAUCGGCUGUACGACACCCUCAGCCCCAUCUUCUGACGUCACCACCACCCGUCUGGUGUUUGCUUCAUUGAUGCGGUUGAACCAGUAUAUGAACGUGUUGAUACAGGAGCAGAUGUGAACAUUUAUAUGCUGGUUGCAAAAAGUGAACAUGGUUCCAACGGAAUCAGAUAUCUGUUUUGUAUCCAAAUAAUUUCCUAGUAAUUCUCAAUAAAACAUUUGACCAGUGAA